CACAACUUUAUCCUGGUUCACCACGAUGUCCUCGUCUCUUAUCCUUCGUUCGUCACUGUCAAGAUCGCUUGUUCAACGCUUAGGGUCGAGGGUGCCUGGUGCUGUCAGGCAUGCAUCCAGUGAUCCAUCUCUGUACAUUCCCGGUGGACCCGUGUAUAAGGGAACCGUGAAUGACCCAACGACCUUCCCGAAGCCCUCGAGAUCGGCGGGCUCGUACCACUGGGCCUUUGAACGUCUUUUGUCGGCUGGGCUCGUCCCUUUGACUGCUGCUGCGUUCGUCACGAGUGGGAGUAACUAUCCGGUUCUUGAUGGUGUUCUUGGAGCUAGUUUGGUGAUGCAUACGUAUAUUGGGUUGGAUUCGAUCUUCGUUGACUAUCUCCAUAAGCGCAAGUUCCCUGUUCUUGGGCCUAUAGUGACGUGGACUAUGAGGACUGCGACUGUGGGAGUUCUCGUUGGGGUGUAUCAGUUUAAUACGAAUGAUAUUGGCCUGACGGAGCUGAUUGCUAGAGUUUGGACUGCAUAGGCCGGGUAUCUUGUGGAACCGUGGCCCCCUUGCAUGUUCGCGUUCCCUGCUGACCUCGAUGUUACCUCCGUCGGUAUCUCAGAGCUUUCGAGCACUCUGCGCACUCUUAGAGUACAUCUAUCUUGGGAAAAUAUGUCCCGCUGCUAAAAUGUACGAACUUUCAC